AUGACACCCAAACAGCACCGGCAAGAGCUAUCCUGUCUGGUGAAACAGAGCGAAGAAGAAAACGCGCUGGUCUAUGUGUACAACAUGGCCAAGCAAGGAAGACCUCUCGCCUGGGAAGCCGUGAUGUUCCUGGAUGUCCGCUGGAGGAAGCUCAUUUACGGCUUCUCCGACAAACUUCUCAGCUUUUAUCUAAAUUCCAUGUCAGAUACACUGCCGUCUCCAGCAAAUUUACUUCUCUGGAAAAAAUCCACUUUGGGCUCUUGCUCCCUGUGCGGCUACCACCACUGCACACUCUUCCACAUCAUCAGCAACUGCAGAUACUCGUUGAUGACCGGCCGAUACAACUGGCGUCACGAUAUGGUCCUUCGCAGACUCAUCGAAAUCAUUCGCCCGGUGCUAGAAAAGACGGACGCACCUAAAAAAGGUACCCAUUUCAAAUCUAGCAGCGGAACCGAAUAUUACGUCCCCCCUCUGCAGCGCAACACUGAGCGAGGAAAACCGGCGGCAGACGACUGGCAGCUAAUCUGGGAUGAAGAGCACGACACAUACGUCUUCCCUCCCCAGAUUGCCAGCACCAAUGCACGUCCCGACAUCGCCAUCUGGUCCACUGCAACAAAGACAUGCAUUGUGGCUGAGCUCACUGUCUGCUGGGAAGAAAACUUUUACCAAGCUCACGAGCGCAAGCAGGGGAAGAAGGACUAUAUCGACCUAAUCAACACAGGCAGGAAGAAUGGCUGGCAUAUGCACUACUUUGCAGUGGAAGUUGGAGCUCGAGGGGUCACAUCGGACAGCCUGUUCUAA